AUGCUGGGAGUGCUGCUUCUGUGUCUUCUCAUCUCAGCUCCAGCUGCUGCCCAAGAGAAAGAUCUCUUCACCCUGACCUACCCAAAAGGCCCAGUCUCUGCUCCACUGGGUGGUUCUGUGGUUCUGGGCUGCGUGGCGUCCUACUCCUUUGACCCAGAUGAGCUGCACUGGUACCAACCACAACCAGGACGGGUCAGGGACCGGAAAGUUCUGGUGUAUGAGAGGAAGAAGCUGGAAGAGGAACAAGUGGACCCUCGAUACAAGGGGAGAACCUCUCUGACUGAAGGUCUGCCAAGGGGAGAUGGCUCUCUCAGACUGCACAACCUCACACUGGCAGAUAGGGGGCAGUAUGUCUGCUACAUGCACAAUGGCAUGUGGUAUGAGGAGGCUACAAUAUCGCUCAUCGUCACAGUUACGGGGUCUGUUCCAGUGGUGGCUUUGAGUCAAACAGCGGGAGGUCAGGUGAACAUCAGCUGUGUGUCUGAAGGAUGGACACCUCAACCCACAGUCUACUGGACAGGCAGGCAAGGCCAACACAUUAACCAGACCAGCAGUCCGGUGUGCUAUGAUGGUUCUGGUGGAGUUACAGCACUAUUUAUAAUCACCCUGCUGGUGUUGGUGGCUCUGAUCAUUGGGAUGGCGGUGGCCUACAAGAAAGAAAAAGAGCCUCUAUCGCAUCCAGGACUCCCUCCACCAACCAAUGAAAAGAUUCCCCCAGAAAUGAAAGAUGAGGAAACUAACACAAAGGAUAUGAUCAUUGUGACCCCAGAGUGGGAUAGUCUGAAACCAUAUGAAGUGGAAAAAAUCUGUCUGGAGGUUAAAGGAAUCCCUGAGUUUCUGAAGAUAAAGGAUGGUCCGGGUGUGAAGACAGAAGUGUGGUGUCCUGAUCCAGCAGGAGUCCAAGGCCAUGGAGACAGAGCUCAACAUGUGCUGUGUGAGCAGAGAUUCAACAGAGGGAAGCACUGCUGGGGAGUGAAGAUUUGGAUAACACUAUUGAUCAAAGAAAUGGCAGCAAAUGAUAAAAAGAUCAAGCAAAAACAAUCAUGGUAUGUGGGUGUAUGUAGAGAUAGUCCAGAGAAAUAUAAGAAAGUUCCCUUAACCCCAGAGAACGGUUUCUGGAUUCUGCAGUAUGAAAAGGGAACUGGGCUGUUUGUCAACACUGAUCCCCCAACUCCAGUACCAGUAGCAGAGCUCUUCAAGAGACUUGGAGUGUUUCUGGACUGUGACAAACGCACUCUGUCCUUCUACAAUGUAGACACCAAUUCCCACCUGUGUACUUUUGAGAGUGUCGGAGGAAUGUCUGGAGCGCUGACCGCUGCCUUCGUUGUGACCCUGCUGGUGUUGGUGGCUGUGCUCAUUGGGAUUUUUGUGGCCCACAAGACAGGGACAGCAGAGAAGGGAAUCAACACAGAGUCUACAGCGAUCAUUGUGACCCCAGAGCUCUUCACCCUGACCUAUCCAAAGGGUCCAGUCUUAGCUCCUCUGGGAGGUUCUGUGGUUCUGGGCUGCGUGGCGUCCUACUCCUUUGACCCGGACGAGCUGCACUGGUACCUACCAGGACGGAUCAGGGACCGAAAAGUUCUGGUGUAUGAAAGACAAAAGCUGAAAGAGGAACAAGUGGACCCUCAGUACAAUGGAAGAACCUCUCUCACUGAAGUUAAGUAA